CGGGCGCGCCUUCCCAGGAGUGGCGCCGUGACACGCAUGGUUUCCCCGGACCCGCGGCGGCGCUGACUUCCGCGAGCCGGAGCGGCACUCUGCAAAUCCGGGACUGCGCUGGAACAAUGGAUAACUUCUUCACCGAGGUAUUCACUUACAAGCAGAGCACAAUUACCCACCAGAAGGUGACUGCCAUGCACCCCACGAACGAGGAGGGCGUGGAUGACAUGGCGACCUUGACAGAGCUCCACGGCGGCUCCAUCAUGUAUAACUUAUUCCAGCGGUAUAAGAGAAAUCAAAUAUAUACCUACAUCGGCUCCAUCCUGGCCUCUGUGAACCCCUACCAGCCCAUCGCCGGGCUGUACGAGCAUGCCACCAUGGAGCAGUACAGCCGGCGCCACCUGGGCGAGCUGCCACCGCACAUCUUCGCCAUCGCCAACGAGUGCUACCGCUGCCUGUGGAAGCGCCACGACAACCAGUGCAUCCUCAUCAGUGGUGAAAGUGGGGCAGGUAAAACCGAAAGCACUAAAUUGAUCCUCAAGUUUCUGUCAGUCAUCAGUCAACAGUCUUUGGAAUUGUCCUUAAAGGAGAAGACAUCCUGUGUUGAACGAGCCAUUCUUGAAAGCAGCCCCAUCAUGGAAGCUUUCGGCAACGCGAAGACCGUGUACAACAACAACUCUAGUCGCUUUGGGAAGUUUGUUCAGCUGAACAUCUGUCAGAAAGGAAAUAUUCAGGGCGGGAGAAUUGUAGAUUAUUUAUUAGAAAAAAACCGAGUAGUAAGGCAAAAUCCCGGGGAGAGGAAUUAUCACAUAUUUUAUGCGCUGCUGGCAGGGCUGGAACAUGAAGAAAGAGAAGAAUUUUAUUUAUCUACACCGGAAAACUACCACUACUUGAAUCAGUCUGGAUGUGUGGAAGACAAGACAAUCAGUGACCAGGAAUCCUUUAGGGAAGUUAUUACGGCAAUGGAUGUGAUGCAGUUCAGCAAGGAGGAAGUUCGGGAAGUGUCGAGGCUGCUUGCUGGUAUACUACAUCUUGGGAACAUAGAAUUUAUCACUGCUGGUGGGGCACAGGUUUCCUUCAAAACAGCUUUGGGCAGAUCUGCAGAGUUACUUGGGCUGGACCCAACACAGCUCACAGAUGCUCUGACCCAGAGAUCAAUGUUCCUCAGGGGGGAAGAGAUCCUCACGCCUCUCAGUGUCCAACAGGCAGUAGACAGCAGGGACUCCCUGGCCAUGGCUCUGUAUGCGUGCUGCUUUGAGUGGGUGAUCAAAAAGAUCAACAGCAGGAUCAAAGGCAAAGAGGACUUCAAGUCUAUUGGCAUCCUCGACAUCUUUGGAUUUGAAAACUUUGAGGUUAAUCACUUUGAGCAGUUCAAUAUAAACUAUGCAAAUGAGAAACUUCAGGAAUACUUCAACAAGCACAUUUUUUCUUUAGAACAACUAGAAUAUAGCCGGGAAGGGUUAGUGUGGGAAGAUAUUGACUGGAUAGACAACGGAGAAUGCCUGGACUUGAUUGAGAAGAAACUUGGCCUCCUAGCCCUUAUCAAUGAAGAAAGCCAUUUUCCUCAAGCCACAGACAGCACCUUACUGGAGAAGCUACACAGUCAGCAUGCUAAUAACCACUUUUAUGUGAAGCCCAGAGUUGCAAUUAACAAUUUUGGAGUGAAGCACUACGCUGGAGAGGUGCAAUAUGAUGUCCGAGGUAUCUUGGAGAAGAACAGAGAUACAUUUCGAGAUGACCUUCUCAAUUUGCUGAGAGAAAGCCGAUUUGACUUUAUCUACGAUCUUUUUGAACAUGUUUCAAGCCGCAACAACCAGGAUACCUUGAAAUGUGGAAGCAAACAUCGGCGGCCUACAGUCAGCUCACAGUUCAAGGACUCACUGCAUUCCUUAAUGGCAACGCUAAGCUCCUCUAAUCCUUUCUUUGUUCGCUGUAUCAAGCCAAACAUGCAGAAGAUGCCAGACCAGUUUGACCAGGCAGUUGUGCUGAACCAGCUGCGGUACUCAGGGAUGCUGGAGACUGUGAGAAUCCGCAAAGCUGGGUAUGCGGUCCGAAGACCCUUUCAGGACUUUUACAAAAGGUAUAAAGUGCUGAUGAGGAAUCUGGCUCUGCCGGAGGACGUCCGAGGGAAGUGCACGAGCCUGCUGCAGCUCUACGAUGCCUCCAAUAGCGAGUGGCAGCUGGGGAAGACGAAGGUCUUUCUUCGAGAAUCCUUGGAACAGAAACUGGAGAAGCGGAGGGAGGAGGAAGUGAGCCAUGCGGCCAUGGUGAUUCGGGCCCAUGUCUUGGGCUUCUUGGCACGAAAACAAUACAGAAAGGUCCUUUAUUGUGUGGUGAUAAUACAGAAGAAUUACAGAGCAUUCCUUCUGAGGAGGAGAUUUUUGCACCUGAAAAAGGCAGCCAUAGUUUUCCAGAAGCAACUCAGAGGUCAGAUUGCUCGUAGAGUUUACAGACAAUUGCUGGCAGAGAAAAGGGAGCAAGAAGAAAAGAAGAAACAGGAAGAGGAAGAAAAGAAGAAACGGGAGGCAGAGGAAAGAGAAAGAGAGAGACAGCGAAGAGAAGCCGAGCUCCGCGCCCAGCAGGAAGAAGAAACGAGGAGGCAGCGAGAACUCGAAGCCUUGCAGAAGAGCCAGAAGGAAGCUGAACUGACCCGUGAACUGGAGAAACAGAAGGAGAACAAGCAGGUGGAAGAGAUCCUCCGUCUGGAGAAGGAAAUCGAGGACCUGCAGCGCAUGAAGGAGCAGCAGGAGCUGUCGCUGACCGAGGCCUCCCUGCAGAAGCUGCAGCAGCGGCGGGACCAGGAGCUCCGCAGGCUGGAGGAGGAAGCGUGCAGGGCGGCCCAGGAGUUCCUCGAGUCCCUCAAUUUCGACGAGAUCGACGAGUGUGUCCGGAAUAUCGAGCGGUCCUUGUCUGUGGGCAGCGAAUUUUCCAGCGAGCUGGCCGAGAGCGCGUGCCAGGAGAAGCCCAACUUCAACUUCAGCCAGCCCUACCCAGAGGAGGAGGUCGACGAGGGCUUCGAAGCCGACGACGACGCCUUCAAGGACUCCCCCAACCCCAGCGAGCACGGCCACUCAGACCAGCGAACGAGUGGCAUCCGCACCAGCGACGACUCUUCGGAGGAGGACCCGUACAUGAACGACACGGUGGUGCCCACCAGCCCCAGCGCGGACAGCACGGUGCUGCUCGCCGCGUCCGUGCACGACUCCGGGAGCCUGCACAGCUCCUCCAGCGGCGAGUCCACCUACUGCACGCCCCAGAACGCUGGGGACCUCCCCUCCCCAGACGACUACGACUACGACCAGGAUGACUAUGAGGAUGGUGCCAUCACUUCCGGCAGCAGCGUGACCUUCUCCAACUCCUAUGGCAGCCAGUGGUCCCCCGACUACCGCUGCUCCAUGGGGACCUACAACAGCUCGGGUGCCUACCGGUUCAGCUCUGAGGGGGCGCAGUCCUCGUUUGAAGAUAGUGAAGAGGACUUUGACUCCAGGUUUGAUACAGACGAUGAGCUUUCGUACCGGCGUGACUCUGUGUACAGCUGUGUCACUCUGCCAUAUUUCCACAGCUUUCUGUACAUGAAAGGUGGCCUGAUGAACUCGUGGAAACGCCGCUGGUGUGUCCUCAAGGAUGAAACCUUCCUGUGGUUCCGCUCCAAGCAGGAGGCCCUCAAGCAAGGCUGGCUCCACAAAAAAGGCGGGGGCUCCUCCACACUGUCCAGAAGAAAUUGGAAGAAGCGCUGGUUUGUCCUCCGCCAGUCCAAGCUGAUGUACUUUGAAAACGACAGCGAGGAGAAGCUCAAGGGCACCGUCGAAGUGCGAACGGCCAAAGAGAUCAUAGAUAACACCACCAAGGAGAAUGGGAUCGACAUCAUUAUGGCCGAUAGGACUUUCCACCUGAUUGCAGAGUCCCCAGAAGAUGCCAGCCAGUGGUUCAGCGUGCUGAGUCAGGUCCAUGCGUCCACAGACCAGGAGAUCCAGGAGAUGCAUGAUGAGCAGGCAAACCCACAGAAUGCUGUGGGCACCUUGGAUGUGGGGCUGAUUGAUUCCGUGUGUGCCUCUGACAGCCCUGAUAGACCCAACUCGUUUGUGAUCAUCACGGCCAACCGGGUGCUGCACUGCAACGCCGACACGCCGGAGGAGAUGCACCACUGGAUAACCCUGCUGCAGAGGUCCAAAGGGGACACCAGAGUGGAGGGCCAGGAAUUCAUCGUGAGAGGAUGGUUGCACAAAGAGGUGAAGAACAGUCCAAAGAUGUCUUCACUGAAACUGAAGAAACGGUGGUUUGUACUCACCCACAAUUCCCUGGAUUACUACAAGAGCUCAGAGAAGAACGCGCUGAAACUGGGGACCCUGGUCCUCAACAGCCUCUGCUCUGUCGUCCCCCCAGAUGAGAAGAUAUUCAAAGAGACAGGCUACUGGAACGUCACCGUGUACGGGCGCAAGCACUGUUACCGGCUCUACACCAAGCUGCUCAAUGAGGCCACCCGGUGGUCCAGUGCCAUUCAAAACGUGACCGACACCAAGGCCCCGAUCGACACCCCCACCCAGCAGCUGAUUCAAGACAUCAAGGAGAACUGCCUGAACUCGGAUGUGGUGGAACAGAUUUACAAGCGGAACCCGAUCCUUCGAUACACCCAUCACCCCUUGCACUCUCCACUGCUGCCCCUUCCGUACGGGGACAUCAAUCUCAACUUGCUUAAAGACAAAGGCUAUACCACCCUUCAGGAUGAGGCCAUCAAGAUAUUCAAUUCCCUGCAGCAGCUGGAGUCCAUGUCUGACCCGAUUCCAAUAAUCCAGGGCAUCCUACAGACAGGGCAUGACCUGCGGCCUCUGCGGGACGAGCUGUACUGCCAGCUCAUCAAACAGACCAACAAAGUGCCCCACCCUGGCAGCGUGGGCAACCUGUACAGCUGGCAGAUCCUGACAUGCCUGAGCUGCACCUUCCUGCCGAGUCGAGGGAUUCUCAAGUAUCUCAAGUUCCAUCUGAAAAGGAUACGGGAACAGUUUCCAGGAACCGAGAUGGAAAAAUACGCUCUCUUCACUUACGAAUCUCUUAAGAAAACCAAAUGCCGAGAGUUUGUGCCUUCCCGAGAUGAAAUAGAAGCUCUGAUCCACAGGCAGGAAAUGACAUCCACGGUCUAUUGCCAUGGCGGAGGCUCCUGCAAGAUCACCAUCAACUCCCACACCACCGCUGGGGAGGUGGUGGAGAAGCUGAUCCGAGGCCUCGCCAUGGAGGACAGCAGGAACAUGUUUGCUUUGUUUGAAUACAACGGCCACGUCGACAAAGCCAUUGAAAGUCGAACCGUUGUAGCUGAUGUCUUAGCAAAGUUUGAAAAACUGGCUGCCGCAUCCGAGGUGGGGGACCUGCCGUGGAAAUUCUACUUCAAACUUUACUGCUUCCUGGACACAGACAAUGUACCGAAAGACAGUGUGGAGUUUGCAUUUAUGUUUGAACAGGCCCACGAGGCGGUUAUCCACGGCCACCAUCCAGCCCCGGAAGAAAACCUCCAGGUACUUGCCGCCCUGCGACUCCAGUAUCUGCAGGGGGAUUAUACUCUGCACGCUGCCGUCCCGCCUCUCGAAGAGGUUUAUUCCCUGCAGAGACUCAAGGCCCGCAUCAGCCAGUCAACCAAAACCUUCACCCCUUGUGAGCGGCUGGAGAAGAGGCGGACGAGCUUCCUGGAGGGGACCCUGAGGCGGAGCUUCCGGACCGGGUCCGUGGUCCGCCAGAAGGUGGAGGAGGAGCAGAUGCUGGACAUGUGGAUGAAGGAAGAGGUCUCCUCGGCUCGAGCCAGUAUCAUUGACAAGUGGAAGAAAUUUCAGGGAAUGAACCAGGAACAGGCCAUGGCCAAGUACAUGGCCUUGAUCAAGGAGUGGCCUGGUUACGGCUCGACGCUGUUUGACGUGGAGUGCAAGGAAGGUGGCUUCCCUCAGGAGCUCUGGUUGGCUGUCAGUGCGGACGCCGUCUCCGUCUACAAGCGUGGGGAGGGAAGGCCGCUGGAAGUCUUCCAGUAUGAACACAUCCUGUCUUUCGGGGCACCCCUGGCGAAUACGUACAAGAUCGUGGUCGAUGAGAGGGAGCUGCUCUUUGAAACCAGUGAGGUGGUGGAUGUGGCUAAGCUCAUGAAAGCCUACAUCAGCAUGAUCGUGAAGAAGCGCUACAGCACGACACGCUCCGCCAGCAGCCAGGGCAGCUCCAGGUGAAGGCGGGACGGAGCCUACCUGUCUUUGCUACCUGAACGCACCACCCUCUGGCCUCGGCUGGCUCCAGUGUGCCAUGCCCAGCCGAAACACAGAGCUGCCCAGGCUUUCUGGAAGCUUCUGGUCGGAGGGAGGUGUCUCUGAGGAUCCUUUUGCCUGCCGACUUCAAUGAUCCUGUAUUAAGCUGUCAACUUUAACAGUCUGCACAGUUUCCAAAGCUUUACUACUCUUAGAGGACACAUGCCUUAAAAAAGGAGGGGAGGAACCAUGCUGCCACCAAAGCAGCCGGAAGUGCCUUAACUUGUGGAACCAACACUAAUCGACCCUAACUGUGCUACUGAAGGGAACUGCCUUCCCCCCCUUCCCGGGGAGACUUACAGAGCGUGGAAGGGGGGCAUUCUCUGUCAAUGAUGCGUUAACCUCCCAACCUGAUUUCCCCGAAUCUGAGGGAAGGUGAGGGAGCAGGGAGGGGAUAGAGAGCCCGAGGGGACUGUGUGUUUGAGCUGGAGUGCUGCGGGCAGCCUUUCUCAUGGAAUGACAUGAUCAGCUUUGUUCUUUGUUUCAUCUUGUAAGUGUACGUGCUUGCCUGUUCAUGCAUGUGUUCAUAAACUCAACACUUUAAUCAUGGUUUCAUGAGCAUUAAAAAGCAAAGGGAAAAAGGAUGUGCAAUGGUGUACACAGUCUGUAUAUUUUUAAUAGUGCAGAGCUAUAGUCUCAAUUGUUACUUUAUAAGGUGGUUUUAUUAACAAACCGGAAUCCUGGAUUUUCCUGUCUUUGCUGUAUUUUGAAAAACACGUGUUGACUCAUUUUGUUUUACAUGUAGCAAAGUCUGCAUCUGUGUCUGCUGUAUUAUAACAGAUAUGCAGCCUCCAAGAUAACUGUAUUUAUAAACUACUCUUCAACAGCUGGCUCCAGUGCUGGUUUUAGAACAAGAAUGAAGUCAUUUUGGAGUCUUUCAUGUCUAAAAGAUUUAAGUUAAAGUGUUACUUGGAAGGUUAAGUUGUAUUCCUCUGGUUCGACUACAGGUACAACCAUGUUGACUGUGGGGUAGAGAUGCUGCAUUCCAGAAAUGUCUUAACAUUUGAGUGAACCUUUAAAGGACCCUGACAUUAAAUGCUGAGGCUUUAGUAAAAUACAUAUUUUAUCCCAAGUUUAAUGGUGGUCUGAACAAGGCACCUGUAAAUAAAUCAGCAUUUAUGACCAGAAGAAGAAGAAUCUGGUCUUGGACUUCUAUUUUUAUAUGGAAAAGUUUUAAAGACUUGGGCCAGCUAGGUCUACCCACACAAGAAAUUUGCCUUGUCCCAUUGUGCGCAACCCUGCAAAACUGUUGGCUCACAGGUCUGACAAUAAAAGAUACUAGCUAACA